GGAACUGAUCCAAUCGAAGCUUCGCAUCCUCUCACUUCUUAUCGUCUGUGCUCCCAUCAAUGGCGCUCGACUUGGCUCUGUUCCCGACUUUAUUCCCAAGGACCUACUUGAGUCUGAGUGGUAUGGAGCUAUUAAUCCGGCACUCUUGUCUUAUCCCAUUCUUUCACUCGCUGAUCCGACUACUCCAAAUCCCUUCUCAUGGCUCGCAUCAUCCACCCAUACUGGAGUGGAACAACUCUUCUUCAACUUAAAUGCACUCGCGCUGGAUGUUGCUCGAUGGAUUAACCGUAAGGUUAAACUAAGUUGUUCGAAGGGUCUUCGAGCCGAGACCAAUUGGGGAGGUUGGUUCUUGAUGAAUCACGUCGAAUUCCUCAAUCGGGUCGCUCCGGGUAUGGCGACAAUUACGGCACCAAUCGUUAUGGAAAUCGAUAAACCAUGCAAGGAGUCGGAGUCCAUGCGAUCUCUCGUUUUUCACCCUCAAGAGUCUUCCGUGGUUAAAGAUGGGACUCUAAUUCCUUAUGAUCCACUAGCUCCGGGAUUCGACAUCGACUAUUACGCGCCGUCGGCCGUCCUCCGCAAAUCGGAUGAAGAUAUUUUAGAUUUCGUUGAAUUUAUCGCUCACGGUAUCAACGAUCUUUACAUUCUCUAAGUGAGGACAUCGAGACUGGGGGGGCUAUGUGAUGGAAUACCAUUGACUCUUACCCCGUAAUGACUCAUUCUAACUCCAAUAGACUCACUAGAGAUUGGCUUCGGAUGGUUUACGACAAGAUGAGAUAUCUCAUCUCAUUGGAAGAUCAACUUUCAGACGACUUCAAGUCACUUUCAGGGGUCCUGAUUGGGGACCCUGCUUCUCCUAUUCUUUGGAACCUGUAUCUGGCUACAUUGGACUUCCCACUUGACCCUGACGACGCAGACCUCGAAGGAACUCAUAUCUCUCAUCUUGAGCAUGCAGAUGACAUGGUCAUCAUGUCCCGUACAGUACAGGGCUUGCACAGGCAUCUCAAACAGUUGGAAGGUUGGUGCUACGAUAACUUCCUGGCUCUCGAUCCGAAGAAAUCGAAGGUUAUGAUCUUUGGAAAUUUACCUCAAGAACCACCACGCUUCUUGAUACGAGGCAUGCAAUUACAGAUUGUGCCCACCUACAAAUACGUGGGGGUUAACUUCUCUUCAACGAGUAGGGAUAUGUUCUCCGAUCUGUAUCACGCAAAGGCCAAAUCUGCCAUCGCGUCUGCACAAGGGGUGCUCGGAACUGACAGGCUAGUGGGCCGACAUCGUCUUCCCCCCACAGUAUGUCGUAACCUAUACACGGCACUGGUUGACUGCCAUCUUAUUAGUGGUUGUGAGGUGGCUCUCGAUGUCGGUGUUGAUGGCCCACGAAAGCUGGACGACAUUCAGGUGAACUUUCUUCGCCGUAUGCUUCAUCUAGGGAGCCACUCCAUCCGAUCCAUCCUAUUCACAGAAACGGCGAUAUUUCCUAUUCGACAACGACGGCUUAUCCUUGCAUUGAGAUUUCUACUCUAUCUCAUUACACGCCCGCCACCUGCCACCGGAGGAGUUCACCUUACUACGUUGGCGUUGCAUGCUAGUAACCGCCUUCGUAUGGCAGGCUUGACAUCGUGCAUGGCGGACCUCGAUUUCCUCAUCUCGAGAUCGUCGGAUCGCUCGGGUCUAUCUCUUCGAUUGCCAUUGAUGGAGGACUUGUCUGAUAUGGGCAUUAAAGAUUUGAUCAGGAAAUUGAGCUCUAUGACCUGUCGGAACUUACAGAACGACGUCGACACCUUCUCUCGACUCUCUCUCAUCCAAAAUCGCCGAGAGCCCGUGGAUCCCGUCAUCAGUGACGAUCCUCCAACGCAUCAUACCCUCCACCUUCGCCAUUACUUGACGAACGUCCCUAACUACAAACAUCGCAUCUCUCUUACGCGAUUGUUGCUGGGUGGCUGGGUACCGUGUGUGUUUAGGGCCUCCCCAUCUCGUACGCCGAACAUGCACGAUGAUCGUCUUCUCUACCUUUGUCGGUCGUGUGGUGCACACUACGAGACUCCUGAGCAUGUGAUGUUGGUGUGCCCUGCAGAUGAAGAGCUAUCAGAGUUACGUGAACAAUUCAUGGCGUCUUUGCCGCCCCGACAACAUAGCAACGCACAUUUGACAGACGACGAAGCAUUCGAAUUUUUGAAAGGAUGUAUUUAUUCGUGGCACCUGGUUGCGCGGACGGCGAAAUUCGUAUAUCAAGUAGUGACCCUAUGGCAGCGCAAACUUAUGGAAGGUUUUCGGUGGUUUGAGGAGGAUGUCGGCGACAGUGGGGAGGAUAGUGCAGAGGAGGACAUGGCGGAUGUCAACAGCGACGAUUGUGACUUCAGAUCACAUGACGAUGAUCGUGAAUAAUGUUCUCCAAUUUAGUAUCAGUACUACGGUACACUAGCUGUUUGUCUAACUUGCGUUAAUGUGUAGAGUAGUACGACGCUGCUGUACUCCCUAUAGUCUACCGCCUCCAAAGAGGGGUGAGCUCGCUCUGGGGUUGUAUAGCAGUGCCGGUGGUUCCCGUGUGGGACCAUACCGUGUAAUCUAUCUAUCUAUCUAUCUAGAGUAUAAAGGUAUAUAAACUACACUAUAUUGUAACAAGAUACUUACUUUUCAAUC